AUGUCCAUCGAAUUUUCAAGUACAGUGGUAACAGAUGCCAUAUCCACCAACAUUGUGUACUCUGGGAUGGAAGAAGACUGGGCGAUAAAACCCUUGAUGGAAGAUAGUGAGGUAUUUGCGGAAGUGUUGGUUCAGUACGGACGGUCUUUGGAUACAUUGUGCAUACACUGUGCGUUUGGCGACAAUAUGGCAGUAGUUCUGGAUAUGGUCUUGGAUAAACAGGACUCCGCGAUCACUUCGUUGCGGUUGACCUCGAGGUUGCUGGCGAAUGUUGGACUAGAGUGCAUGGGUAGAAUCAUUGAGAGGUUACAUAACCUAACACAUCUCAGGAUCGUUGCUAAUGAGCUGUAA